ACCAAAAUCAAAGAUUCCAUGCAUGCAUUGCUACCACUGGCAGAAAACAUCAGUGGAAGAGUGAUGGAGAAAAACAGAGGGAAGUUAAUCAACAAAGCAUUAUACAGCCUGGAGUCAGAGCCAGUUGCCAUAGCAACCUUUCUAGAGAAGACUGGGUUGGGCUGUGACGAAGCUGCUGAUGAAGUGCGCUCUGAUUGGCUGGCUUUGCUGGUAGGCCCGGCCCUCUAGAGUAUGAUACAACCUUGACUAUAGCAGUACAAUUUCCUGCGCAACUCUGCUGGCUUUUAGAGACACUGCAUUUUUCCCUUCAUCAUCUCUUGUUCUCUGACCUUGUAUGUGUAGGAUGUCUUGUGACUAGUUAGUGGCAGAUCAGUAGAUCAGGCUGCCGGGCUGCUGGGAGAAUGGGCGGCCGUGGGUGCAUGUAUGUGUGUGUGACCUCAGAUGCCGGACGGGAGAGGCUGAAGCUCAAGACUGAAGGAGACUGAGCAUGCAGAGGUUUGUGGAGGCUGAUUACUACGAGCUGGACUGGUACUAUGAAGAGUGUGCUGACGUUCUAUGUGCUGACCGAGUGGGCCAGAUGACUAAGACGUAUAAUGAUAUAGAUGCUGUGACACGUCUCCUGGAGGAGAAAGAGCGGGAUUUGGAGUUGGCUGCUCGUAUAGGUCAGUCUCUGCUGAAAAAGAACAAAACCCUCAGCGAGAGGAACACCUUCCUGGAGGAGCAGGUGGAGCACAUACGAGAAGAGGUGUCUCAACUGCGUCAUGAUCUCUCAAUGAAGGAUGAGCUCCUGCAGUUCUACACAAGUGCAGCUGAGGAGAGUGAUGGAGAAUCUGCUUCUACCACACCUAUUCGCAGAAAUGACUCGUCUUUCACAAUCCCGAAUUACCUCCCUCUGGAUUCACUACAAAAGAAACUCAAAGACCUGGAGGAAGAGAACAUCGUCCUGCGAUCAGAGGCAAAUCACUUGGAGACAGAGACCAUCUCGUAUGAAGAAAAGGAACAACAGCUUGUAAAUGACUGUGUUAAAGAGCUCAGAGAUGCUAAUAUACAGAUCUCCACGAUUGCGGAGGAGCUGGCUAAGAAAACAGAGGAUGCAUCUCGCCAGCAAGAGGAAAUCACACACCUUCUCUCUCAGAUCGUCGACCUGCAGAAAAAAGCCAAAUCUUAUGCACUCGAAAACGAAGAGCUCACCCUGCAUCUGGGAGCUGCUAAAGACGCCCAAAGAGCACUAACAGCGGAGCUGAGGGAGCUGGAGGAUAAGUAUGCUGAAUGUAUGGAGAUGCUUCAUGAAGCUCAGGAGGAACUGAAGAACUUCAGGAAUAAAACACUGCCUCUCAGUACACCGCGACGAUUCCACUCGCUCGGUCUCUUCCCCAUGGACUCUUUAGCUGCUGAAAUUGAAGGCACCAUGAGGAAAGAGAUUCAAAUGUCUGAUCCAGACGUAGAGGAACAAAGGUUGCACCCUAAACGUGUCUUUGAGACGGUGCGUAAUAUCAACCAGACUGUUCGGCAGCGCUCCAUGGGCCCGUCCCCUAUGAACAUCCCGGGGUCCAAUCAGACAUCCAGUGUAAAUUCCAGGCGUUCUAGUUGUCUGAGCACACCCAGAUCGAGCAUGUAUGGAGGGGAUGGUGUUGAAAUGGACAACCGCACUACCAGUAUGCUGAUGGAAACCCAGUCAAAUCAGGAUGGCUCUGAUGACUCCAACAGAAAGCCUGGCAUGCCUGGCACACCCGGCUCCCGUGACCUGGAGGCGGCACUGCGACGUCUUUCCCUUCGACGGGACAACUACAUUAGCGAGCGACGUUUCUUUGAGGAGGAGAGAGAACGUAAACUCAACGCCCUGGCAGAAGAGAAGAGCGACUUGUACGGGGAGAGAGAUGGUGGUAGUGGCAGUGAAGACGGCGGCCCCCUCACUCCGGCAGACAGCAUCAUGUCUCUGGGAACCCUACACUCGGUUUACUCCAUCUACAGCACCCGAUCCUACCUGCCGGAGAAACUCCAGAUUGUCAAGCCUCUGGAAGGUUCGGCCACUCUGCACGCAUGGCAGCUGCUCGCUCAGCCCCACCUGGGCAACCUCCUGGACACACGGCCGGGUGUCGUGACCAAGGGCUUUCGACCGCUAGAGCUGGACCUGGAGGAGGAGUACCAAUUCACCGACCUGGAGGAAGAUGAGCCAGGACAGCAUUCCCAAUCCCCCAUCUCUACCUCUUGCCUGGGUUCUUUGCCUUGUUCACCUGCUUUGCGUCGACCUCAUGCCAACAAUCCUGAUAACCAGGAAGAGCAGCCCAGAGAAAAUGGAGGGACCCCUGGAGUGGGGCCAGAUCAAAUGGAGGCUGGAGAGGAGGAGGUCUCAUCUGUGCAUUUCCCUGGUAAAUGUAUGUCUCACACCAGCUCCACGUACACCUUCACCACCUGUAGGAUCCUGCACCCUACUGAUGAACUCACCAGAGUCACACCCAGUCUUUUGUCAGGUCCAUCACUAGCUUCCUGUGUGAUGUCCAACAGCAGUCUGCGCUCGACCCCUGUGUCCACCCCCUGCACGCCUCGUCGCCUCAGCCUGGCGGAGAGUUUCACCAACCUCCGUGACUCAACCAAGACCACCAGUACCUCUCUGGGACUAGUGCGCCUCCUACAGGAGAGAGGUAUAUCUUCUGCUGUCUAUAACCCUCUCAGUUGGGACCGGGCGGACCGAGCCCCUCCACCAGACCCCGGUUCAUCGCACACGGUCACCCCCAUGCAUCCCGGCCUGGACACGCUUCCCUCCACCCCUCCAAACUCCCCCAGCAAGUCCAAACUUACCAGUCUUGUGCUCCCUGUAGACUACAGCCCCUCAGACCCCCCCUAUGAAACCUUCCUGGCUUCACGACCAGCCAGCUCGAUUCUCAAGGAAGUGCGGGAGGCGGACGAAAGAGCUCGGACAGAUACGCAGUGUCAGACUGAAGUCAGUGUGCAGAACUUGAGACUGGUGGACAAGGUGAAGAAGUUUAGCCUGGCUCCCAGAACUUUGACCCCAGGGAUCGGAAGGCCGGGACCGUCGUUCGGGGCCCACGCUGUUGUGACUUCCCCUAUCGGGGGACUGCCAGUGCUGAACUCAGGGAUGAGAAGAAACCGGAGUUACCCAGCUAUGGUUGGGGCUAGUAUGGCUAUGAAGGGCCCGGGGCCUCCCAGCGAGGAUCUGCUGUUGGCCCCUGGGCCACCCAGACAAACUAGCCUCAAUGGAAAGUGAAUGUUGCCUCUCUGUCGUCCCUUUUGCCUUUAUUUAAAUUUGCAUUGAUACAUUAUAUCAUCCCUGCGACAACUCGAGUGCCUGUUAAGAUGAUAUUUGUAUAGAUUAUUUUGUUAUAACAGUUGCUAUAACAACUUAUUUUUGUCUAUUUUCCUUUCCUUCUGACCAACAUAUACAGAGUGCAAUUCAUUCAGCAUUGUCACAUGUCUUGGUAUAUUCCAAGCUUUUGUCAUUCUGUGUAAAAAAAUGUAAAUUUGGACAAUUUGCACUUGUUAGCUGCGA